AUGGACGUGACAAAUUUCAAACGUAGGGUGUACAAUUUUUUGGAAAACGAAAAUGAGUACGUCAUGAAGAAUGACGACGGGGAGGACAGCGAUGACGCGAGUGAAAUAAAAUAUUUCGACGAAGUAAAAGGGACGGCAAAAAAAAAUUCCAGCAAUAUUUAUCGGCCGAAGAAGUAUGAGUUGUGUCAGAUCUUCGAAAAAACGAAAGGAUUUCUGGGCAUAGAAAUGUCCAACAAAUAUGAAGUGCUGUGUUUUGCUUGUAAAUAUUACUAUAAUGAGGAUUUUUUAGGAGAAAGGAAAAAGGAAGUAAGGGGUAAUGAAACAAUUCUUGGAGAAUAUUCAUUCAAAACGUAUGGUGAAAUAAAAAAUGAAAUAGAGAUCCUAGCAUCUGCUUUGUACCAGUUUGAAAAUAUAGAGCCAAAUAUAUUCACAGAUAAUGGACCAUAUGAUAAAUUAAAAAUUUUAGGUAUUUGGUCCAAAAAUAGAGUAGAAUGGUUAACCACAGAUUAUGCUUGCUCAGCCAUCGAUUUUGUUACCGUCCCGAUAUACGACACCAUGGGAAUAAAUUCGGUGAAGUAUAUAUUUCAGAAGACGCAGAUGAAAAUUUGUUGUAUCGAAGCGGAGAAGUUGGAGUGUCUCAUCAAAUUGAAGGACGAAUUAACCGAUCUAAAAAUUUUAAUUAUUUACGAUGAAUGGAGCUUAAGGGAUGAUAUUAAGCAGCGAGCUAGUAAGGCAGGUUACAAGGUAUAUUUUUAUAAAGACCUAAUUGAUAAAUUUAAGAACCAAAAUAUUAUCCCCCAGUAUGAGUACUAUGACCACAGUUUUCAUAGUCAGGAGAAAGGGGAGAAGGCGGACAAGUCUAGUGUUAACAAUGUGAGCGGGGGGAAAGGUCAAAAGGGUGUCAAAAAGGGGACAGAUUCGAAGAGCGGCACAGGAGGUGGCAGCAAUACUCACGUGUACGAACGGCUAAUCGAAUUCGCUGUAUGUUUUUAUGGAGCCAAAAUAGGCUACUUUUCUGGAAACAUAAAAGAGUUAGUCAGUGACAUAAACGAAUUAAAACCAACCUUCUUAAUUACC